AUGAAUAUGUCAGCUGCUCCCAUGGAUCCACCGCUGCCACCACCACCACAUACAAGACUGGUGGAACUUGGAACGCUGCGUGAAGGAGAGUUCUUUGGUGAGCUGGGCCUGCUUAAUCAUGACGUGGACUGGAAACCCGACGUUGAGAGAGUCCGGUCAGAGACGUAUUGGCAAAGCGCACUCCGCAGCGCCUUACAUGCUCCGGUCAACUACGAGGCUCUAGAUGACAAUAUGUCGUGGUGUUCUACUAAGUGUAACACGGAUAACUACAGCCUGCAGAGCCGUGUUUCGUCUUCAAAACGGCGUGAAGGUGCAUUCCCACCGGCGUCACUCCAGCGGCAAGCCAGUGUCUACACAAAGACUCCUUGUGUUUUAUACAUGUUGACUCAUGAAAGCUGCCGCUACCUGUUUGGAGAACAGGAAUACGCGCAGCUAAAGGAGUUUGCUAAAGGAUACCCCUCGGGCGAAAACAUUGAAGAACAAUACGAGCGGCAGCGAAAAUGGUCCAAGUACCGCAAAGCGUUGGUGAAGGAUGUAGUAAUGGAUUCGGCGAGUUUUAUACGGCAAACAUCAAAGUUGCCGCCCCUCCGGUUUCAGUGA